UCCUCGCUCUUUACUUCUCUAAGAAUCGAACUACUUAUGUGCCAACAAACAAUGCCAGUAGUUCAAAUAUACAUAACCUAGAAAUAAGUGAUUAUAAAUUUGAUUAUUUUAUUGUACUUUUUUUAUACCAAUUGAAUAAUGAUCCACAGUUUAUUUAUUAUAAAUGCAUCAGGUGAUGUAUUUCUCGAAAAACAUUGGCGUAGCGUAGUAUCGCGAUCUGUUUGCGAUUAUUACUUGGAAGCGCAGCGUGCUAAUCCUAACGAUGUUCCACCUGUUAUUGCUACACCUCACCAUUAUUUAUUAUCUAUUCAAAGGGGAGGAAUUAGUUUGGUGGCUGUAUGUAUGCAAGAAGUACCACCCCUGUUUGUUAUCGAAUUUUUGCACAGAGUUGUAGAUACUUUUCAGGAUUACUUCUCGGAUUGUACAGAAAGCAUAAUUAAAGAGAAUUAUGUGGUAGUUUAUGAGCUUUUAGAUGAAAUGCUAGAUAACGGAUUUCCUUUAGCCACUGAAAGCAACAUAUUAAAGGAACUGAUUAAGCCUCCAAAUAUACUCAGGACUAUUGCCAAUACUGUUACUGGAAAAUCAAAUGUUAGUGAUUCAUUACCAACCGGGCAGCUCUCUAAUGUUCCGUGGCGUCGAACUGGCGUAAAAUACACAAACAACGAGGCCUAUUUUGAUGUGGUAGAAGAAGUGGAUGCCAUAAUUGAUAAAGCCGGAGUAACAGUAUUUGCAGAAAUACAAGGAUAUAUUGACUGUUGUAUUAAACUGAGUGGAAUGCCAGAUUUAACUUUAUCAUUUGUUAAUGCAAGGCUCUUUGAUGAUGUUAGCUUCCAUCCCUGUGUUAGGUUCAAAAGAUGGGAGGGCGAACGGGUUCUAUCCUUUAUUCCUCCAGACGGAAAUUUUCGCUUAAUGUCGUAUCAUAUUGGUAGUCAAAGUGUUGUUGCAAUUCCCAUAUACGUUAGACACAACUUGUCAAUUAAAACUGGUGAACAUGGUCGAUUAGAUUUAACUGUAGGUCCUAAGCAGACUUUGGGGAGAUCUGUAGAAGGCGUGAAGAUUGAAGUUUUAAUGCCAAAAUGCAUUUUAAAUUGUUGUUUGACAUCAAAUCAAGGGAAAUACAAUUACGACCCCGUUUCUAAGAUAUUGCAUUGGGAGAUUGGAAAAAUUGACGUGACCAAGCUGCCCAAUAUUCGUGGAACAGUUUCUAUUGCAACAGGCGCAAAUACAUCAGACAUAAAUCCAUCAAUAAAUGUGCACUUUACAAUUAAUCAACUAGCUAUAAGUGGAUUAAAGGUGAACCGUUUAGAUAUGUAUGGUGAAAAGUACAAACCGUUUAAGGGAGUGAAAUAUAUCACUAAAGCGGGACGUUUUCAAAUCAGAAUGUAAAGUCUAUACAUCUGUUAUCAAUCAUAUUUACCCACCUAUUCAUUUAUAUGUAAGAAGGUUUAUAUACUUAUGUUAAUAAUUUUUAUUUACAAUAA